AUGGCGCAGAUGCAUACCAAGGCAGUGGCCUCAGACAGUCCUCUUAAUCGUGAUGGACUUUGCAUAUUGUCUCUCGAUGGCGGAGGAGUUCGCGGGCUCUCAACGCUUCUCAUCAUUAAGGCACUGAUGGGAAAGGUGAAUGCGGAGCGGAGGAAGAAUGGACAAUCCGCCGUGAAGCCGUGCGAACUUUUCGACUUGAUCGGUGGAACGAGCACAGGAGGCAUCAUUGCUAUUAUGCUAGGGCGCCUUGAAAUGGAUGUCGAUGAAUGUAUUGAGAAGUACACGAACAUGUUCGAAACAAUCUUUGGAAAGAAGGGUUUGCCUGUCAACCUGUUGGGCAAAAUCAAAGGCCGAUUCGAUUCUACCGUUCUUGAGGAGUGCAUCAAUAGGAUUCUUCGGGAGCGCGGCUUGCCAGAAGGAGCGCUGUUGAAUGAUGGAGAGGAGAGAUGCAAAGUAGUUGUUUGCGCGAAAGCCUCCGAGCUUACGACCACAGUACUUCUGCGAUCCUAUACCUCCGACGACGCACUGAACAAUAUUCUAGCUACCAUCUGCGAAGCUGCGCGAGCGACCUCAGCUGCCUCCAGCUUCUUCGAGCCAGUCACAAUUGGGCCACGGGGGCGAAAGUAUGUUGACGGAGGAUUAGGCGCGAAUAAUCCAGUUGAACAACUGUGGAACGAGGCUCAGAGCAUCUGGUGUCACGAUGGAGCAACGGAAUUGAGUGCGUUGUUGAAAUGCUUCGUAUCGAUUGGGACGGGUAAUCCUGGGAGGAAGCCUAUCGCUGAAGGGUCUUUGAAAUUCUUUUCCCAGACCUUAGUAGGCAUUGCAACCCAGACAGAGGAUACUGCGAAGAUUUUUGUGACGAGACACCGGCUGCUGUAUGAAACCAAACGCUAUUUCAGAUUCAAUGUCCAGCAAGGCCUUCAGGGCGUUGGAUUAGAAGAGUACAAAGCGGCGGGUCUUAUAGAUGCUGCUACUGCCGAGUACAUGGAUGGUCAGGAGUCGAAGUCCGCAGCUCACGAAUGUGCUGUAAACCUGCAACAGAAGCAUCUACACAAAGCCAUCACCUUCAUUCCCUUUGCUCAAAAUGAUGGACUCGUUAAUCGAGAUGAUAUAUUCAAGGCCUUGGAUCAGCUCCUCGCUUCACUAUCGUGCAACCGAUCAGUUGCACUCUGGGGCCUUGGGGGAUGUGGUAAGACGCAGAUUGCCCUGGAAUAUGCGUAUCGUCGUCAACGCGAGACUUCGUGUUCUAUUUUCUGGGUGCACGCGGAUUCCGAGGCUACGUUCACUCUAGAUUAUACCAAAAUUGCCAGGGUCGCAGGCAUAUCACCAGAUCUGAAAGGCGAGGAUUUGCUGGAGGUAGUGCGACAAUGGAUCGAGCAGCAAAAAGACUGGCUGCUUAUUCUCGAUAACGCCGACGAUUUGAGAAUGUUUAAGACGACUUACUCAAAUUCUCAAAUGCAGGCGGCAACAGGUCCGGAGCUCUUUCGAUUUGUGCCGAAAUCUCGGACCGGCACUAUUCUCUGGACUUCUCGUGAUGGCAGCAUCCUUGAUAACAUCUUGGGUACCAAGCACGGUGUUGAAGUGGGGGCGAUGACAAGCGACCAGUCUUGGGACCUCUUUCGAGAGCUGAGCGGACGGGACAACACAGAGCCAUCUGAAGAGGAAGAUAGGUUGCUCCUAGAGCUUCUCGAGAGGCUUCCGCUUGCAAUCUCACAGGCGGCAGCAUAUAUCAGAAGGACGAAGAUCUCCGUGCAGCAAUAUCUGAAAUUCUUCUAUGAGUCUGAGGGCCGGAAAUCAGCUCUCUUGAGUCAUGAAUUUCAAGAUCCUUAUCGGCCGCAGGUGCCGAAUAGCAUCAUGCAUACCUGGCUGAUCUCAAUGAAGCAGAUCGCGGAAGAGAGUCCAUGUGGUGAGAAAAUUCUGAAGACGAUCGCGUUCUUCGAUAACAAGGGACUUCCGUUCGAGCUUAUAAGGGCAAGUGCUGGUUCAACCUUUAGCGAAGAUGAGGUUCUUUUGGCAACUAGUCGACUUUGCGAAUUUUCAUUCUUCCAAGGACAAAGAGCCGUUGGCGAAGACUUGCCGACUUAUGAACAGCAUCGUUUAACACAUCUGGUAACUCGUCGGGCAUUGAAUAGAACACAAAUUAGCUCGUUCUCUGGGGAUGCUAUUUCCGUAAUUGGUGAUCUGUUUCCAACCGGCACACAUGAGACUUGGAGUGAUUGCGCUUUAUAUCUACCCCAUGCGUUAAAGGCAGCUGCGUGGAAGGAGGCAGAUAGGUAUAAAGAUGAAGCUCCAGGUCUCUUUACGCGGAUCGGAAGGUAUUACUGGGAGCAAGGCCGGUCUGACAAAGCUGAACAGCUUGAGGUUGAAGUGCUUAAGCUCCGGAAGGAGGUCCUAGGCGCGAAGCACCCCGACACGAUCAGGGCUAUAGCGAACCUGGCAUCAACUUGGUGGCAGCAAGGCCGGUCUGACGAAGCCGAACAGCUUGGGGUUGAAGUGCUUGAGCUCCAGAAGGAGGUCCUAGGCGCGAAGCACCCCGACACGAGCACGGUGUAA